CCUCUAGCUGCUUCCUGAAGCUGGACCAGGAGAAGCAGAGUCUCCAGGGCACCAUCCAGGGCCUGCAGGACGCCUCCCUGGCCCUGCAGGAGAGCAGCCUCCAGCGCCAGGAGCUGGAGAAGGAGAACCAGCAGCUCAGCAAGCAGAUUGAAGACUUGCGAGUCCAGAUGGAAAGAGAAAAGCAGACCAACCAGGAUCUGGAGACUCUCUGUGAGGAGCUGAUGGAGGAGAGAGAACAGCUGCUCUGUGACAUAGAGACCCUGAAGGCUGAGAGAGCUCAGGAGAUCAAGGAUCUUGAACAAGUGGAGCUUUCGCUACGGGAGAGUUCACAGGCCAGCAGUGAGGCCUGCUUGCAGGACAUCGAGAAUGAGAACAAAGUCCUCCACCAGACAGUGAUGGAGACCAGCAGCACAGUCAGCAAGCUGGAGUGGGAGCGGCAGCAGCUGCACCAGGAUCUGGAGCAGGUGAAGGAGCAGGCGGCACGGGCGCAGGAGCUGGAGCAGGAGCUGCAUCGGCUGCAGGAGGAGAAUGAGAAGCUGGCCAUGGAGGUCAGCGCCCUGACGACGGCCCCCGAAAGGGUCCACGCCCUGGAGCGGGAAAGCCAGGACCUGUUGCUGGAGAACCAGAGGCUGCAAACGUCUCUGGACACCCUGCAGCCUGAGGGUCUGGAGCGGGACAAGCAACUGGACAGCAGGGUGGAAAAUUCCACUCUGAGCCCCCAGAGCGCCUCGCUCACUGCGCUCAUAGAGAAGAACACGCAGCUCCAGCACCAGCAACUGGCGGCAGCCCACGAGGCCCUGCAGCAGGAACACGCGUGCCUGGGCGCGCUCCAUGAGCACCUGUCUGGGGAACACGAGGCCCUCAUGGAUGAGUACAGCCGCCAGAAGACACUGCUGCGACGGACCCUGGAGCUGGAGAGCAAGGUGCUCAGUGACAGCUACAAGGACCAGCUCCAACAUAAGGCGGCGCUGGAGCAGCUGGGGACGCUCUUGACCACCGAGCGGGAGGCUCUGCAGCAGGAGCAGAGGAUGAGUGCCAUGGCCACGGAGGAGAACCAGAGGCUGCAGGGAGAGCUGGACAGGGCCAAUUCCCUGCACCAGCAGCUGAAGAGGGAGCAGGAGGAGCUGCAGACGCACAGCAAGAAGCUGCAGACCUCCCUGAGUGACACCCAGCUGCAGGUGAACUGCUGGCAGGACCAGUGCAACUGGCUCAGGGAGGAGCUCCAGAGCAGGGACAUCUCGCUGACCGAGCUGGGCAACCACUGCCAGCUGCUCUCCCGCCUCAAGGGCAACUUGGAGGGAGAAAACCGUCACCUACAGAGCCAAAACCAAAGGUUGAAAGAGCAGAACAAGAGGCUUCUCCAGGAGGACGUGGAGUACAAGGACCAGCACCAGGAGGAGCAGCGGCAGUACGUAGACAAAUUAAAUGCCUUACAGAGACAAAAUGAAAAACUGGAAGAAAAAAGCAUGGCUCAGCACAAGUUCCAUGAUCCAGCGCCAAAGAAGAAAAAGCACUGGAUUGGAGCCAAAUUCUUACUCAAACUCAUCAAACUAAAGAAAGGGGGUUCCAGAGAACGACGGAAGUCAACCUCAGAGAGGACUUCCUGGCCGCUGGGGUCCUCAGACCAGGCCUUGCCCAGUACUUCUCAGCCUCUUCAAUCGCAGCUGGAGCCCCUCCAGGCCACCCCAUGCUGCUCAAAGUGA